UUUUAUAUAAAAUUCUUGGACAUAAUUGAUCUGAAAAUAGACUUCCACCAAGACCAAGGCCCAGUGGACAGAUUUUAUUUAUAUUUUUAAUUUUUCCAUAUUUUUGUUGUCCACUUGUAGCUUCGUCUUCCAACCUCUCUAAGCCACUAACGGUUGGCUCAGGUGCUUUUCCAAAGCAUCCAUGGCUUCACUGCUCAUGAAACCUACAGUAACCAAAGGAAGAGAUGAGGUGUAUGUUGCAGCAGUGCCUCUAAGAGCCACAAAAGGGCCUGCUCAGCUUCUUGCCUCUUCUGCUUACUCUCUCAAUCUCUGGGAUUUGCAGCAUUUCAUGGUUAUUGUUAAACCCUCCUCACCUCCACCUCAUUCUCAGGCCUUGGUUUUUGAUUUUCAACCAAAAGAUCCUGAAAACAUAUUUGCAGCCCUUGCAGUUCUCUCUGGAAAAGCAAUACCAGGAGUUGUUCUUAUGAGGAAGUUGUCAAAACUCCCCAGAAGCAAAUGCUGGUUUGUUGGGUCUCCCAAAGCAGGCGCCAUAGAUAUGGCACUUGAAUUCAACAAAGUCUGGGACACUAAUUUGAGGGUUGGCCAUCACGAUUGUCGAGAUUAUACCAAUGGCUUGGUCCAGUACCUAACAGGUGAAGGGUACAUCCUAGAGCGUUUGAGAAGUAGUGUGCAAGAUUAGCUCCUCAGUGUAGGUCACACAACACAAGCAUCCACCCUCGAUUUCGAAAGAGAUAGGACCUAAGCAAGCAUGCUAGCCAAUUUGACCAAAAGCAAUGUUCUCUGGUCUGCAUGUAUAAUUUGUACUCAAAGUUUUGGGUUUUUUUCAUUAAAAAAAGAAACAAAGGAAAUACUUUAUAUUGUUGAA